AUGUCUGUACAACUCACUCCCUCCAAGCAGGCUGCUUCCUCCCUCGAGAACCUCAAGAUGAGCGAUUCGCCUGUUAAGAAGCUCAACUUCGGUGGCAAGGAGAACGCGCCUGCUGCCGUCGACGUGACCGCCGAGAAGCCCGUCGAGAAGCCCGUCGAAGCCCCCAAGGUUGCGCCCGGUAUCAAGGAGAUGGAGGCCAACGAGCCUCUGCUCCAAGAGAACCCUCACCGUUUCGUUCUUUUCCCCAUCAAGUACCACGAGAUCUGGCAGAUGUACAAGAAGGCCGAGGCCUCUUUCUGGACCGCCGAGGAAAUUGAUCUUUCCAAGGAUUUGCACGACUGGCACAACCGCCUGAACGACGACGAGCGCUACUUCAUCUCCCACGUUCUCGCGUUCUUCGCUGCCUCCGAUGGCAUUGUCAACGAGAACCUCGUCGAGCGCUUCAGCGGCGAGGUCCAGGUCCCUGAGGCUCGUUGCUUCUACGGUUUCCAGAUCAUGAUGGAGAACAUCCACUCCGAGACCUACUCUCUCCUCAUCGAUACCUACAUCAAGGAACCCAAGCAGCGCACCUACCUCUUCGACGCUAUUGAUACCAUCCCCUGCAUUGCCAAGAAGGCCGAUUGGGCCAUCAAGUGGAUCCAGGACAGGGAAUCUACCUUCGCUCAGCGUCUCGUUGCUUUCGCUGCCGUGGAGGGUAUUUUCUUCUCCGGUUCCUUCGCUUCCAUCUUCUGGCUCAAGAAGCGUGGUCUCAUGCCUGGUCUGACCUUCUCCAACGAGCUCAUCUCUCGUGAUGAGGGUCUGCACACCGACUUCGCCUGCCUGUUGUUCUCCCACCUGAACAACCGCCCCAGCAAGCAGGUUGUUGAGGACAUCAUCGUCGAGGCCGUCGGCAUUGAGCAGGAGUUCCUGACUGACGCUCUGCCCUGUGCUCUGCUGGGCAUGAACUCUAAGCUGAUGUGCCAGUACAUCGAGUUCGUCGCGGACCGCCUGUUGGUGGCCCUUGGCAACAAGAAGUACUACAACGCCACGAACCCCUUCGACUUCAUGGAGUCGAUCUCGCUGGCGGGUAAGACCAACUUCUUUGAGAAGCGGGUGGGUGACUACCAGAAGGCUGGUGUCAUGGCCAGCACGAAGAAGGAAGAGGAGCCGAAGACCAACGGUAACGGUCUCAGCUUCGAUGAGGACUUCUAA